UGUGAAGCCUGCUUUACAUUGGUAUAAUUAGUAGUAGAGUUCACUAGCAUACUUUUUUCCUGAAAUACUCUACUAUGCUCAUUUUGGUAGAGUAACUGUAUUUACUUUUGCUAGUAAUUUGAAAAGAUAGUUCGAUUUAACAUGUGUAAUAAUGAAGCAGGUUAGGCAAAAAUAUCGAGCCGUUUUAAAAAAAUGUUUAGUGCAAGCUGCAGAUAUUUUAUUAAAUGAAAUUGAGGAAGUUAUAGAGGAAGAAACUAGUAAACAAAAAAUAAUUUGGGUAAGGGAUUGGAUUAAAAGACGUGAUAAAUUGGGAGCAUCUGCCAAUCUUUUAAGAGAACUGGCUUUGGAAGACCCAGAAGAAUAUAGAAUGUGCUUGAGAAUGACACCUGAUAGUUUUGAAACACUGCUGAAUUUAAUUAAGCCGCAUAUUCAGAAAAUGGACACAUUCAUGAGGGAUGCAAUACCAGCACGUGUUAAAUUAGAAAUUACCUUAAAUUUUCUGGUCACAGGCAAUAGUUAUCGUAGUUUACAACACCUCUUUCGAGUCUCAAAACCAGCAAUAAGUAAUUUUAUUCCUGCAGUAUGUGAAGCAAUGAACGAAGCCUUACACGAAUACUUUAAGAUGCCAACAACAGAAGAAGAGUGGAAAAUAAUUGCAAAUGGAUUCGAAGAGCAUUGGAAUUUUCCCGGUUGUUGUGGUGCCUUAGACGGGAAACACAUUUUGAUAUUAUGUCCUGGCAACUCUGGAAGCCAGUUUUUUAAUUACAAAGGGUCCUAUAGUGUCGUGCUAAUGGCUCUAGUAGACCACAACUACUGUUUUACUUAUGUGUGUAUUGGCAGCCAGGGAUCUCAAUCUGAUGGUGGAAUCUUCCAGAAAUGUGCACUUGGAAAUUUGUUGCAAAAUGGAUGGUUGCCUGCAGGAUAUUGCAUUGUUGGCGACGAUGCCUUUCCCUUACGACAUUAUUUGAUGAAACCGUAUAAUAAUUACCGAAGACCGCUUAGUAUACCAGAGAAAAUUUUUAAUUAUCGUUUAAGCAGAGCUAGAAGAAUAGUGGAAAACAGCUUUGGAAUUUUGGUGAGCAGAUUCCGAAUUUUCGAUAAAAAAAUUAAUUGCAAAUUAGAAACAGUCAAUAAGAUAGUGCUGGCUGCAUGCGCUCUUCACAACUUUUUACGAAAGACCUCACCUGCUACAAAUUUACCUCGUGGCUCCGUAGAUGAAGAAGAUAUCAUCACCGGCUCCAUAAACGCUGGUCAAUGGAGAGCCGAAAUUACAGAGCUACGUAGGAUGGAAAGAUAUCAUGAGAGACGGGCAACAAACUUGGCAAAUCAAAUUCGAGAUAAUUUAAAAAAUUAUUUCACUAACGAAGGUGCUGUUUCCUGGCAGUACAAGAAUAUUUACUAAAUGAAUAAGUAUGAUAUUUUUACAAUUCGGAAUAUAAUAUGAGAUUUGUUUUUACCAUAGAUUACGUAAUUAGAAACAGUUAUCAACAUUAUAGUCCACACAACAUAACUUUUUUAUAAACAAAUAAAAAUGUUUACUUAC